UCGCGUUUAACCUUUUACAUUUGAGGCGAUUAUUUACUGAUCAUCUCAGCUACAAGUGUGCUAUUGGUGCAGGGAGGAAAGAGAAAGAUUACUGUCAGUACUGGAUGAGGGAAACGCGCCUAGUAUCGUAGAAUAGAGUAACAACUGGUAACUCAAGGGUCGGCAGGUAGAAAAAGGAGGUCUUGGCGGUAGUGGACUGGCCGGUGGUGACGGGAGAGGUGGGAUGCCGCGGGGCCUUCAGCUGCCUACCCCUCUGUUAAUAUCACCGCGAGGCUGGAUUUUUUAAGAUAUCUUGAAUUAUUUGUGUGAUGUGCAGUGCCACGCGUCAAGAACAGGAUGUGAGGAUAAAAAUUUUUGCCGAAAGCUAUGAGUGUAUGGGUUAUUAUGUAGGUUGACCUACGUAAAGAAAAACUAGUCUUGAAAGGUUAUUGACCCAGUGAAGAAGUUGAAAUGUUUGGCUCAAGUUAUAACUUAAAGAAACACGUGUAAAGUGAGUAAGAAGACUAGUUUUGUAAUAGAAUUGAAAAAAAAAAAAAGCAGAACACGUUUGAAAAAAAAAUUGUAACCCAACAUAAAAGUAGUGUUUAGAAUUUAUUGAAACUUGAAGUAACCAAUAAAACCAAUAAAAAACACAUGUGAAGCGAGUAAAAAGACUAAUUUUGUUUACUAAUGGACGAAAGAAAAAGCAGAACACUUGAAAAAAAGUAACUCAGGAAAUAAAAAUGAGUGAUGGUGUCCGCUAACACAUUAAAACCCGAUGAAAUACGUGUGACAAGUGAUACCAAUUUUUGUCAUAUACGCGGUAAAAGGUAUACCACACCUGAAAAAAAGCCCUAUAAGUGAACAAAUACGGUGCUAAAUUGGAGGUAAAACUUCAAAAACACCUGUGAAAUCAUUAAUACCACAAAUUUAGCCAUCUUAUAUACCACGAAAAGGCAAAAACUUGAAAAUGCUGCACAACAUAACUAAUGACGCGCAAAGUGAGUGAGCCCUUAACGAAAACACAUGUGGAAUGAUUAACAGCACAAAUAUUCACCACACACACGGACAGAGAUUAGAAACACACCUGAAAAUAUGAGUAACAGAAAAAAAUAGCACACCUGACUUGAUACUAACACGAUACAAGCCAAACUAGAGAAAACCUAAAUAAAAACGUGUCAUACCCCAUACACCCAGUGAGUACGUGGACUCUUUAACUAUUUACCGUUUAGAAAAGGCAGAACUAUUGAGCAGAAUGGAGAACAAACUAGCGCAAGUGUUCAGACCGCAGUACAGGUGUAACAUAGAAAGACCAGGUAUGCACGAGGGAAGAACACCUGUACAGAACUCCAAAGCUUCCCAACAUCAAGUGAACAGGACAAAUAGGACAGACGUGGAAGUUUUAGCAGUAAAUAUUAGCUCCCGUAUACCUGAUGGCGGGGGGAAGGCGCGUGGAGGGGCUGGGUUAGGAGGGCAGGUGUGGACGUCUAUCUUGCUGUGUGUUGUCCUGACUCUUGUGCUUGUCAAUGAUAUGGUGACCUACGGAGCUAUGAAGGACGUGGAGAGUGAGGCAGCAGAGGUGAUGUCGUACCCGCCCCUCAACGUGGUGGUGUACUACGAGGCGCUGUGUCCCGAUAGUCGCUACUUUGUCAUCAAGCAACUCAAGCCAGCGUAUGGGAAACUGCGCUCCAUCAUGUCCAUAUCCUUUGUACCCUAUGGCAAGGCGCAGACAACAGAGAAGGAUGGGAAGUACACAUUCACCUGUCAGCACGGGGCAGUGGAGUGCCGUGCCAACACUGUGCAUGCCUGCGUCACCAAUGCCAUCAGGGACGAGGAGAAGCAGCUGGACAUUGUGAGCUGCAUGAUAGAGAGAAAUGAACAGCCGAUGAAGGUUGGACAAAAGUGUGUGGAGAAGUUUGGUGAGGACUGGAGCAAGGUGGCGCAGUGUGUGGAGUCGGACAAGGGCGCCAGCAUCCUGAAGCACAUGGGCGAUAUGACUCACAGCCUGCGUCCUAAAGUGUCCUUCAUUCCUACUGUGGAGAUUGAUGGGAGUCUGAGUGAGCAGACACAGAUACAACAAGACCUCCACAAGGUGUUAUGUCGGAGAUACAAGGGACCCAAGCCGCCCUCCUGCUAGCCCUCACACACACACACACACACACACACACACACACACACACACACACACACACACACACACAUUUUUAUUGUUUAACUUUAAGGUCAUAGUUGUUUGUUUAGUGUUUGUUUUUAUUCUGUUGAUGUUCUUUUUUUUUUUUCUUUUUUUCCUGUAGUUUUUGGCAUCUAUAGCAGUUGUUUCCGUCUUUCAGAGUUUACUUCGCUUAUACUUUUAUUUGACGAUGGUGACGAAGGAUUUAUUACAUCGAAACACCUUACAUUUUCUUUUUUAUUUAUUUAUUUAUUUAAUCGUCGACUUAAGAGGAAAUAAAGGCACCGUGUGUAUAAGAAUGAAACGAUUUUGUACAACUAUCAUUACUGUCAUUAACAUUUCCAUUAGCGCUAAUACAUAAAUAACAAGGCAUUAGGUAGACUUGUGAUAUAUAAUUUUGUACGUAAUGCUUACACACACACACACACACACACACAUUCCAGCAUCUGUACAGUGUCAAUAGAUUUAUACAUAAGCGAACAUAAUGAGAUCUAAUUUUAAUCUUUUCACUGCUGGUCCACUCUUCUCAAUCACCCGUCACUUUGUAAUCUCUUAUCUUUUGGUACGUUAGCUUGACAGUCCCCCAAAGCACCCAGAUGUAGUUUAAAGGCAGGUAUUAACAGAUAUUCACCUUCUUGUUUUCUCUUAUUGUAAAGAUUUGAGGUGUAUAAUGUUUCGGUUUCAUGCAAUUCGGAUUUAUUAUGGGACAGUUUAAUAAUUUUCAAAGGACGAACUGGAUUUGGUUGUAAAGGGAGAUUUGUAUUUUUUAUUUAUUUAUGUAUUUUUUUUUUUUUCCAUCUCUUGAGUAGUAAAAUUUUGGUGUCUAUAUCCCUAGUUUCAUACAAUUUGAUUUAGAGAUUGAAUUUAAAAAGAGAAUUAACCUUUUUCUCUUUUCUUCUUUUUUUUUCUUUUUCUUUUUUUCCCUUAGUAAAAUUUUGCUGUCUAAAUUCUUAAACCUUCAUACAAUUUGCAGUUUAUAAUCGACAUGUUUGAUUUGAAGGUUAAAUUUAACAGAGAGAACUUUUUUUUUCUCUUCUUUUAUUUUCUUUGUUCCUUAGUAAAAAAAAUUGGUAUCUAAAUUCCUAGACUUAUAUACAGUUUCAUGUUUACAAUAGCCAUGUUUGAUUUGAAGAUUGAAUUUAGAAAGAGUUAAGCUUUUUUUUUAAACUUUAUCUUACUUUCUUUUUUCCCAUUAGUAAAAUUUUGUCUAAAUUCCUAAACCUUCAUACAAUUUCAAGUUUACAGUAGCCAUGUUUGAUAAUUCUCAUCUAGAUUUGAUUUAAAGAGAAAUUCCUUUUUUUGUCUCUUUCUCUCUCGUAUUUCCCUCUUUUAGCAAAAUUACCCUUUUAGUAAGAUUACCCUUUUUUCCCCUUUGAAGUAAAAUUAAAAUCUGAGGCCUUAAUACUCGCACACAAUUUUUCAAGUAUAACAAUAGUUCUGAAAUGCUCCUGUUCAAAGUUUGCAGUGCACUUUUAAUAAACAUAGCAGUUUAAGACAGAACUACACUGCUAUUCUGUCAUUAGUAAAACAGUGCUUCUAAAAGGCCCUAGUUUCAUACAGUUCAAAGUUUCCCAGAGUUUGCAGUACACUCUUAAUAAACAUGGCAGUAACUAGAUUCAAAUAUUUUAAGACAGAACUACACUGCUAUUCUGUCAUUAGUAAAACAGUGCUUCUAAAAGGCUCUAGUUUCAUACAGUUCAGUUUCCCCUAGAUCCCUUCAGUAACUACAAAGCUAUUACCUGGAUUUGAAGAUUUGUAAGGCAGAAUUAACCCUUUUAUUCUCCCUUUAGUAGAAUCACUGCUCUCAUGCACUAGUUUCAUGCAAAGUUUAAUGGCACCAUGGCUCACACACUCGAGUUUCAUGCAAUGCUAAGUUGUAAUGGAGCAGUUUUUGAAGUAUUAUCAGGAUUAUAAGGCAGAAUUAAUCUUUUACACUCUCUUUAGUAGAAUAUUGGCUCUCAUGCACUCAAGUUUCCUGCAGUGGUAAGUUAUAAUGCAACACUCAAGUAUCAGGCAGAAUCCACCUUUUUAAUCUCCCUUUAAUAAAAUCACGCCAAUUUAUGAAGCACCCAAGUAUCUGAAUUGUGAGGCUUAAGACAGAGUUACCAUUGUGUUCUCUCCUGUCGAAGUCCUUGCAGAAUGAGCCUUGUGUUCUCCCCCCAGUCCUCAGUUAGUGUUAACCUCUUCAGUACUGGGACACAUUUUCACCUUGAGUUUUUCGUGUGAUUAGAUAAUUUUAUUUAUAUUAGGAAGGAUGUAUGGAGGUUUGAAGAUUAAUGGCCUGAGUCUUCACUAUUUUAAUCUCCACAUAAGUUUCUGAAGCUGUGUAGAAUUGAUAAAUAGUAAGCAGAAUGAAUAUGAAAAAUAUGUCAUGGUACUGAAGAGGUUAAGGAAACCAAGCAGUGAAAAGGUUACCAAUGCAUUCCCUUCAGUGUGUGUGUGUGCAGGAGGCCGAGAGGAGAGAGGAAGGCAAAGAAAGCGGAAAUCUUUUAUCACUUAACUUUUAACUAUUUGAAGGAAGUUAAUGUCUCUUUUAUUUCUCUGUGUAUUUUUGAUGAUUUAUUUAAUUCAUCAGAAGCAAAUUGAUGUUUCUUCUUUAUUUGAUUUAUUUCAUGAGAAGAAAAUCAAUGUUUCUUAUUUAUUAAUCUAUUCAAUUUAUUUUUUAUUUCAUCAAAAGCAAAUUAAUGUUUCUUCUUUAUUUAUCUGCAUAUUUUAUUAACUUCUUUAAUUUCCUGCCCCUUUUCCCCUCCCGUGGCCUCCUGCAUGCAUUAAAAAGAUACAUUCCCAUUGGGUCGCGGGAAAUGCAGAGCUAGCUUGUGAUUGGUCCAUUUGUGACUGUGUGGUGAGGGAGAGAGCGAGAGGGGAAGGUGGUAAUGUUUGGUGAAAUGUUUAUGAGGCAUUUUUUCGUGACCUUUAUUGACAGCAGGGAUGGGGGAAUGAUUAGGUGAAAGAGGCAUUGUCUGUCAGUAUUCAGGUGUGUUUGUGAAGGACAGAGAAGAGGUGUGGUAGAGGUUAGGUUAAUUAUAUAGGUAGUCGGCAGGUGAAGGACAGAAAGAACAGGUGUAGUAGAGGUUAGGUUAGUUAUUUCAGGUAGUUGCCAGGUGUAAAGAUGUGUUCAGGUGUGUUUGAAGGAUGGAGAAGCAGAUAUGUGGAAGCUAGGUUGAUUAUUGGAGAAUAUUAGUGAAGUGGGAAGAGAAAAUGUUUAGCUGUUUAUAAAGGAGAGAGGAAAGCAUAGGUAUGGUAGAACAGGUUAGCCAUUUCAAGAUAGGUUAAUUUAUGAAUGGUUGCAGGUAAUUCAGGUUAAAAAAAAUUGUGUUUGUGAAGAUAGGAAAAGAUAGGUACGAUAGAACAGGUUAGCCAUUUCAAGAUAGGUCAGUUAAUGAGUGGUUCUAGGUAGUGGCCAGAUGGAAAAAGAUGUGUUUAUGUGUUUGUGAAGAGAAGGAAGAAUAGAUAAAAUAUAUAUUUGUGACUUAUUGUUUGUAAGGGAUAGAGAAAAGAAUAGUUGUAGUAAUAUGUUAGGUUAAUCUUUCCAGGUAGAGGCCAGAGUAAAUAGAAAUGUGUUACGGUGUUUGUAAAGGAGAGAAGAGUGGUUUGGAAUUAAACAGGAGAUUUAUAGACAAAAAAAAAAAAAAAAAAAAAAGUGGGAGAAUAAUUGGAUUCAUUAAAUGCUACCACAGACAUUAUUUGAAUAGAUAAUGAUUCGAUAUGAGAAACGAAGUGUUGAUUGGUUAGAAAGUGAGAAUGGGAAGGUUUGAAAUGAGCAGUGAGAGAUGAAGAAGGGAAAAAGAUGAGAUAGAGGCAUUAAGAUUUUUUUUUUUUUUUUUUUUAUGACAAUGGUGGGAUAACGAGGUGAUGAUAGAUUAGAAACAGAAUGGGAAGGUUUGAUAUGAAUAUAGAUUGGUGAAGAAGGGAAGGAUAUUGAGUUAGAGAUUAAAAGAGAUUGUUUUGAUGGAUAAUAAGAAUAUGAAGGUUUACAAUAAAUGAUGAUCGGUAAAGAAGGAAAGGAGAGUGAGUUAGGGGCAUUUAGGAGAUUAUUUUGAUAGAUAAUGAUGGAAGAUGAUUAUGAGGAUGUUGAUGGGAGGUAUAAUGAAUUAUUAAGGACUUUUUUUACAGGAAGAAUGAAGGUUGAAGAUGAGAUGAGAUUAUAAACGUGGAUGUAUAUUGUGUUAUUUUGACAGGUUAUUGAAGUGAAAAUAACCGAGGUAUUUAUUUAUUUAUUUUGCUGACUAACUUACGUGUAAGGAUAUUUCUAGACAUUCGCCGUUAUUCGGAUACUCUCUGUUUAUUUGAAGGAAAAGGAAAAAUGGGCAAUGAUUAUUUUGAUGGACGUAAACAGAACACCUAUUAUUAUUAUUAUUAUUAUUAUUAUUAUUAUUAUUAUUAUUAUUAUUAUUAUUAUUGACUUCCACUAUCUUUCUUCCAAGUAACGUGUUGUGUGUAGUAGGCUGUCACUUCUAACGAACAUAAUUCCAUUACUGCUACUACAACUAUCACUAUUUCAAUACUUUACUGGUACUUAAAAUGUGUGACAUCCUCGAAGUCUACUAUUUGUGUAUUUAUUUAGUUUUUCUAUUGUUAUUUAUUUUUGUAUUGAUAGUCUGUGAAAAGAUGAAUGAAUAUAUGACGAGUGUGUAUGUA